CUACAGGUUAUAAACAUCAAAUGAGCUUCCCUUGCUUCAGAAACAUAUCAUGGAACUCUUACUACAAGACCUUCACACUCAGCUUCACUAUUACCAACAUGUUUUACACAACAAAGAUGAAUCAAAAGGACUCCAGAACAUUCGAGGCUGCUGAGCAUAUCCUGCAAAUCUUGCUCAAGGUAUUGUUUGGAAGCAGCAGGCUUGCCUCUCAGUAUUCUGGAUGCAGUGCCCUUUCACUGAGGUCUCUGAGGAACAGGAUAGCAACCGGAGUGGAUAUACUCUGCACUUUCAAGAAGUACUCCUCCAACCAUGUCCUGGACAAAAAGGUGGUUUACUGGGAGCUGACUGAACAGCUCUGUACAAGAAAGCUAAAACACCUGGUUAUAGAAAAUGAUAGCCUCAUUGUGAAUGGUAAAUAGCUUGACUUUUGGGAUAUAUGCCUCUCUUUCUCUGGGUGGUUCCCUUUCCAGAAAACAACUCACCUGCCCCAAAUUCUUCUUUCCUUUUGGGUCUCCUUUGUUUUCAUGGUUUCUCUCUCGCUCCUGGGAGCCCUGGCCCUCAAAAUGGUGACAAACUAUGAAGACAUGGGGAGCUCACUUCUCAAGAUCAGAAGAGACUGGAUUGUAUUUAGAUUCCUUCAACAAAGAAGUAUGCCAUGAGUCCCUUCUUCUUGAAUGCUGAAGCACCAUUUUCCUCCUAUGGGUCCCAAACCAACUCCUCUCCAUUACUCCUUUAACCUUUUUGUCCACAAAGAGAUACCCUACUCAAACUCUCUUCCUCCCUCUCCCACCUCUAUCUUUCCUUCCCUCUCUCUCCUUCUUUCUCUCCCCCCCUCUCUCUCACCUUUCUAUAUUUCUUCUAUCUUUUCUCCCUCUCUUUUCUCUUUCCUUUUUGGCCUUUCUUUUCUGUAUCUCCCAAAAUCUUGUCUUUAUGUCUCUUCUGUCCUAUUCUCUUUUUCCCCUCUGCUAUUCUCUUCUCGUCUUCCCUCCUUUCAUCUGCUGUUUCUUCCCUUGUUCCUUCCCUGCCCUCAGCUUCUCUCUAGCACUUGUUCCCUCUGAAUUUUUCUUUUUUUCUUUUCUUUCCCUUCUCAAACUACAGGGUAUCAACAUAAGCUGCCAGGAAUCAGAUUGACAAAGAGAAGUGAGGUUGGUGUAGGAGCUGUCACCCAUAUCCCCGACCAUGGAGCACCAGGAGACAUCAAGACAUCACUGACUAGUGGCCUCCUGAUUCGUGAAUCCAUUGUAUAUUCUAUAGGUAAGAAAAUAUAUUUUCUUUCUAUUAUACUGGUAUUUAUCCUUGCUUUGGGCACUUGUUUUCAAUUUUGAGAUAUGGAGUCAUCUUCAUAGUCUGAGAACAGGACAAUCACUGAUGGGGGAAAUUUGUCAUUAGGUUGUUGUAAGAUUUGACAAUUUCCUCUGUCAUAUUACUUUCUGCCCUAAAAUUUGCUGUGAUAGCAGCCUUUGGAUGAAGGACUCAUGGGGGAUUUUGCUAUUUCUUUUAUUUGUUUGGGUGUAUACAUAUAAUAGCCUAUUCAUUUUCUUUGAUCAUUUCUCAACUGGGGAAUAGCUCUUUUAAAAAUAAUUUUGUUAAUUUAUAAAACAUAUAAAUUCAUAAUAUGCAUUAAAUAUAUUUAUGAUACAUAAAAUUUAUACUUGUCCCCACCAAUGUAAAACAUGUUCUUUGUACAUUAUGUGAAAAUUUUCCCCCAUUCUACCUCUUUUCCCUCCCUCUUCUUCCAGUGCAUCCCUCUUUAUCAUCCCUUCAUUCUUUUUUGGAAAUCAUUCCAAUAUCAUAGAUUGAUACACAUGCUGAUAUACAGAAAUGUAAACAGAGGAAAUUAUUUCUUUUUUAAUGACUACUCUGGCUAGCUUGUGACUAGAGAGAGCUGCUAGAGGGAAUCCUGAAAACUGCUUGGUGUAGUUAAUGGAAGUAGGAAUGAGAAAUGCUGAGGGAUGCUAGUACAGGGAUGCUGCCACACAGGGGAACUGCUCUGGGGAAUGCUCUGAGGUUAGCCUACUGAUCCCUACUGAUGGCUAAUCGAUCAGUAUAUCUUUCUAACCUCCUCCUCCCUUUCACUCCCUCCUUUCU